UUAUUUGCAGCAGUUGCCAAGGGAACAACCACCAGACGGUCGGUGCGUCCUCUUUAUUUGUUUGUUUGUCUUUUGAGUCAUCCACCCACGAGCCUUAACAGAUUCUAUUCUUUUUACGUCAUCUGCUUACAAUUCAAUUAUGGAUUCACACCCAUAUGCGCAUACUUGGAUUCUGGUUAUUUAUAAGUAUUUAUAUGUGAAGUGUACAGUUACAAAAGAAAAGGAGUGAAACUUCAGCUCGGUUUCAUAAUACUGAAAAUGAGAAUAUGACAUCUUUAGCUGAAUUGAGGAAACAACUUCUAGGUUAUCAAUGAUAUUUGUUUGUUCCUGAAAUGCCAGCUCUCAUACUUCUUCCUUCCAUUAUAUUUAGUUGAAAUUAGUUCCUAACCCGCUGCCUCGUCGAGGCGGAAGAAAGUUUAUCCGUCUUUCGUGACAUGAAAGUGAGCGCCGUUUGUUUCUCAGUGUUCGACACCACGAGCGAAUCAUCUUUGCGUCCGUGACGUCACAGUGACAUCAUAUGGGUCUAGCACCUGCGAGAGGUGCGGAGUGACCUUCCCCAAAGAGAUUGAACUUCAACCCACAAGCUUAGCCUUUGUCAUCUCAUAAUCAUCGCCAGUCCACUGCGUGUGGUUACUGUGAUAAACCACUGCUGUACGACUCUCCAUUUUGCUUCGGAACCAGCAAGGCAACAUGGAAGACACUUUCGUUCGCCCGAGAAUGGAUCUUUUGGCGAUGACCCCCGAAAAAGAAGAGGCGCCCUCCAAGCACAGUUUGGAAGAAGGCGAAGGAACAGUAUGGUCCUCCCUCAAGAAGACCAUUGCAAUCAUAACCACAACUUCUGUGGUUCUUCUGGCCAUGAGGAAUACGGCCACAUACCAUCUGCAGCACUUCUGGGGAGCCUCUGGCAACUUCUGGCAGCACCAGUGGGACAAGAUUCUCGAUCUCUUCGGUCAUGACGACUUCAAUCUCUUCGUUUAUGGCCCAGUCAUUGUGAGUUACAUCGUCUACUGGGGGGUUGGAUCCCUAUUUAUUCUCCUAGACCUGACGAGCCUCCAUACAUUUACUAAGAAGUACAAGAUGCAGCCAAACACUAAUGAACCCCUGCUGCUUCGAGAGGUACUCAAGACAUUCGUAGUCGUGAGCUUCAACCAGAUCUUCAUUGGCAUUCCCUCUGUCGUUCCGGCCUAUUGGUUCCUGCAAGUGAGGGGUUACGAUCGCUCGCCCCACCUACCAACAUUCCACUGGGUGCUCUUUGAGCUCGUCAUCUGCAUCAUUGCCAUCGAAUUUGGCUUUUACUACGCACACAGGUUAAUCCAUCACCGUUCCCUGUAUAAACAUAUCCACAAAAUACACCAUGAAUGGCAGAGCCCCAUAGCCAUCUCAGCAUUGUACGUCCAUCCUGCGGAGUAUAUUUUGGCCACAGUAGUGCCCAUCAUGCUCGGACCCAUCAUUCUAGGGUCCCAUCCUGCCACACUGUUUCUCUGGUGUGCGCUAGCGACAAUGAACACUUUGAACGCUCACUGUGGAUAUCAUCUCCCAUUCUUCCCAUCUCCAGAGGCACAUGAUUAUCAUCACCUCAAAUUCAACCAGUGCUAUGGAGUUCUGGGCAUCUUGGAUCACCUGCAUGGCACGAACAAGAACUUCAGGGCCUCCGUCAACUACCCGAGGCACCAGACCUUCCUUACCAUGACGCCACCUCGCAAGAUGUUCCCGGAUGUAGAACCUGACGCCAAGGCCAUCAAGGGCAAGAGCUGCUAAGGAAACAGUCCAAGGAAAGAAGCAAAUAUGAAAGGCUGGCCAAAAAACCAACGAAAGUAUACAGUGAAAGCCAAACAUAAGUUAUAUCGGUGAACAAAUAAAGCAGAAAUUCAAGCAAGCAAGUAUCACAAAGAAUUCACAGGCAGUUUAGAAUCAUGCUUUGAGUAGAGAGGAUAAUUCCGGGAUGUAAAAAAAAGUUGACAAGGUUAUAGAUUCAGGUAACCAAUACUGAUGUGCUUACAUUUGGUUUAAUAUCCAUAGUAUAUCAAGUUUGGGAGCAUUUAACAAAUUGCGUAGCAUCUUGAAGUUGAAUGGCACCCAACAAUAAAGUGUGCAUACAUACGAAGUUUUAAACAAUCCAUAAUACAGGAAAUUAUCCAAUUAUAAAAAAUAUGUUUUUCACAUAUCAUCAAAAACUCAAAACAACGCGCAUCUUUAAGAUGGCAAACGUUAUAUGCCGUUCAAAUACUAAAGUACUUUAAUUUGAAUAAAAUAAUUUCAACAUGAAA